GAAAACAAAAACAUGGCGGCUUGCAUGGUUGCGUGGUGCGUCGUGUCGCCGCACCGUUUAACCUUCUUCUUUUUGCUUUUUUAUGAGGUUUUAGCAAUUAAAGUCAACGUACGCGGAGCAAACCAUAUUUGCUCUUCCGGAGCGCAGGUUUUUCAUGUCAAUUUUGGCAAUGGUCCGAUACAUCAAUGCGAUGUUAUGAACACCACUCCACCUUCAAACAAUGGCAAGCCAAGUUGCGCGGAAAAAGCAAAAGAGCGGUUAAAAUCUUCCCAAGGUUUGUACGACAGUGUUAAGUGGGGUGUUUCAGAUCAUGUUAAUAAUCUUGUGAACUAUAAGGCACCUUUGUUAAAAAUUUCAUCUCGCGGCUUCUGUCCAUUCAUGUUUUGCUGUACAGUACACGUGUUUGUGUCAAACUUCAGGUUACAGUUUUUUGAGGUUCUAGUUAUCUUCUCCAGAUGAUUAAUAUAGUCUUUUUCAAUGCAAAUAACGUUUUAAUAUAUCGUAUUGAAUGAUGCAAUGUUAUCAAUCAAAGAAUGAUGCAAUUCACUCAAGACAAUUAAAGAGGUAGUCUCAUGAGCUGCACCACAGGCGGCCCAGACGUAGUGUGUGUCAAUAUAUUAAUAUUCACAUGGACAAAUUAAUGCGAUGAGUCAUCGAAACUCCCAUGAACUAAAAUAGUCCAAAGUCAAAAUAUAACAAAACAAAGCAAAGAUACCUUUAACUGAACAUAUCCUUGUCUUUCCUGGCCAGAUAAUGUGGCAUUUUGUUGAGUUUUGCAAUAUUAUUGUAGGUACUAUCCACUAAAGAAGAAUUCGUCUUCUCCUUCUUUAGUGUUGUACUUCGGCUCGCAUGUGCCCAGUUCAUGAGAUUUACCCUUUAAAUGAAUUAAUAACCUGUUUCAAAUACAAAAAUGUGAUGUACAGGUAUGGUUGAUGUCUCGCAUCAGAACGACAGAACUUCUGUCAUAAAUGAUUCAAAGCUCAUGAGUUCCAUGUUGUCACUGGGACUUUGUAACACUGAUCAGCUGUGUGCUAGUUAAGUACUGUACUUACUUUAAUUUCGUUUUAACCAAUAAUUCGUUAACGUCAUCCUAAGUAUAGGAAGCCUGAGAUACAUAAACUGAUCAUUAUAUAAAUCUCAUUCCUUUUUUUGUUCUUGUUAUGGUGGAGGCAAUCUUCAUAUUGUUUCCCACCCAUAUAAAGAAACCACAGAAAGGCAAAAAACGGGGGUAAUUUUCCAGAGAAUUGCUCUUUAAUUUCCAAUAAUAGAGAAAUUUUAUUUUUGCCUUGAAAAUAUUUUCUGCAAGUAUUUCUCAUUAUUUUGUUUUAUCAGCUAAAAUAGGGAAGAGGGGUGGGGAAGAUCAAAUUAUGGAUUCAUCGUUUUGCCCGAAUUAAAACCCUUAGAUGGAAAAGUCAUCAAAUCCGCCUAAUCAGCAGUAAAGUUUUUGCAACUCCCAAGUUAUGCAAGGUUCUUAACAAUUCCGGGGCUCAUUAAUACAUUUAUACACCAUGCUCUGAUUUACUAAGUUCAAGGCAUCUUUAGUUGUUUAUACUACUACAUGAACAAUCACUGCAAUUUGAUUGGCUUAGAGCAGUGGUAUUUCAGCUCAAUUUGAAAUACCUACAUGUGAAAAUUACAAACCUUUUGUAGAUAGUAGUAUAAACAAAUAAUAGCAUGAUUUGUACGUGAUAUUUGGCAUAAAUAUCACUAGUGAUAUUUCAAAAUUGUCUCAAAUUUCCCUCCCUAACGGCUCGCCAAAUUACACAUAACAAUUUUGAAAUAUCGCUCGUGGUAUUUAUGCCAAAUAUCACUACAAAUCAUGUUAUUACCUAUACUAAUAAUUUCAGCGUUUUUUUGUUCUCAUUGUUGUUUUACUCUCUGUCACAGGCUGUGCCAGCAAGCAAAUGUCUCAUACAGAUACUUGUACAAAGUUUAGUUGUAAUAAAGAAGAGAUGAUACCCACUACUCCUUGUUUCAAGCCUUUGAUGAGUGAUAAAAAGCACUUUAUUAUUCACACACCUGAACACGAUAAGGUAACAUUGCUUCAGGGCAUUUUUUAAAUAUGUAAACAUUGUGUUACUAGAGAUAUUACCUUUAUUAGAGGAGGUUGUGAAUAUAUCUUUUCAUAUGAAAAUGGGCAUGGGUGUUUUUGCCAGUAAAAGGUUCCUGUUUUCUCUCACUUGCUGUAAAAGGUAAGAAAUAUUGAGUGCUUACCAUUUGUAAUGAAAUUUAGGUGAAAAAUUUCUGACAAAUGGUACUGGACUUGAAAAUGUUUCCGAAAAGAGGAAUGGGUUAGAGUUGUGCCAUUUGCAAAACACCAGAUAACGAGUGGGCCUGGGUUAAAACAAAUCACCAUUCUCCUCAAGAGGAAACCUGAUACUGGUUUACCAGACAAAUGGUACAAAACAUUUUGGUUGUUUUGGUGAAAACGGGAAAAAGGUGAUCCUCGAAAGCUAUUAAUUCUUUUCCAGAAAAUUUCCAGCGGGAUAAACCAUUCCAUUUUAAUUCUCGCCGGAAUUUCCGGGUUUUCCAUACAAAUGGUAAGUGCAGACAAAUGGUACAAAAAAUUUCAGUCAUUUCGGUAAAAAUGCAAAAAAGGUAAUGCCUUAAAAGGUAUUACUUCUUUUCCGGAAAAUUUCCACUGGGAUGAACCGUUCCAUUUGAAUUCUUCCUGGAAUCACCAGGUUUUCCUUACAAAUAGUAAGUGCUCAUUAACUAUUUUGUCUUUAAUUUCACACUUGACCAGUCCUUUUCAGUCCUGUCUCAAAGUAUUGUCCACCUGGCCUAGCAGUACAUCCAAUCUUAUGCUUAAUACGAAAUCCCACAGCCAUAUGCAGGGCUGUCACUAAUGUUUCUAGUUGCAGGGUAAAUACAACAUGUUGGUGGGAAAUCAGACAGCAAUUGAUUUCUUUUGGUUCUGUUUUUCUCCAAUUCAAUCAUGAGAGUAGCGAGGAGUCACAUUCUGCAUCGUAGCCGAGGAAAAUCCCUGGCACCCAGCCCUCAAACGACAGCCCUGCAUACAUUAGUACACAUUGUAAUACUUCAACUCUUUUAUUAUUUGAUAUGUGACUUAAAUAAUAGGGAACAUACUUCAUUUAACUUCAUUUCUAUCUAUAAAUGUUUUACUUUUCAGAGUCUCCAUCUAGUCAUAUCACACAAUACAGAACAGAAGGUUAUUUUGACAGGAAACAGUCACAUUGAUGAGAGAGUUGGUGAGCAAGCCAUGCAUAAGCCCCUGUUAUUGAUUUAAUACUUAAAACAUGCAGAGUCAGAAAAAAAUACAACAAAAAUCAGUGCUCAUUUAUGGUUUGAAGGUUGAACUAGUUAGCCAGGUUUUCAUUUCUUUGCUACUCAGAUUCCUCUGGGUUUUUUGCCUCCCAAUACAGCAGAUUAAACCAAUAUAACAGACAUUUUAUAUUCAUCUUUGAGCUGCACUUCUUUGCUGUAUACAAGGCUCACAAUUUCACUUGCAUCUUUUUACUGACCUAUUAGGUUUUGCAACACUUCAAAUGAACAGUGGGAAUUUGGAUAAUGCAAUCGAGCAAUUCACCAACAUAAUAAAGGUAAUUCUAUAAUUGUAUAGAAUUACUGUAUUGUAAAACAAAGUUAAUGGAGCGCGACACCCUCGAUCAGCAACACUUAACGCAACGUUAUGUCAGCCCUUAUCACAUCUGGUAGAGUUUUACUUGUAAAUAGGUAAAAUUACUGGGUUGUACGUAAGUUCACUUCCACAGUUGGGAAAUUACAGAUACAAUAGCGAUGUUUGUUUCUGUUGCAGUUGGGGCUAGUUUUUAAUGUAUCGCUCAUUUUGUAUGCCUAAUAAGAAUAGGUUUCCUCAUGCAUAUCUCGUGGAGCACCUUAGGUGCACAUUCUGUUCAAUGGUAUGUAGUGUUUGUCAUUGGCUUACCCUCAGUUAGCAGUCUGACUAUAAAAGGCCUAGUAAAAAUCCUGUGUCUCGUUCUGAGCUGUAUUGCUAAGUUCGGGGUUCGCAAAUACGCCAAAUUUGGUGUAUUUUAUGCCAGAAUUGUUCAGAUGACUCCACAGAGGUUACGGAGGGAGUCACUUCGACUCCAGAAAUUUUUGGUGAACAAACAGGGAGCCACUUCAAAUCCAGAAAUUUUCGGUGACAAACACAGUUUUGUCCUUACCUUUUUCGCAACAAAUACCAUUAAUUGUUAAUUGUAAACAUUGAAAACCUUAAUUAAAUCAUCAAAAUUAAAGAAUUAUGCUCCAUGACAAAACAGGAAGAGGGUAAAUUACGAUCAAAGUUUACUCGAUGACCGCCAUCAUGGAUUUGAGCUUUCCAAGUCAGCGCACCGCCACAGCUACCUCGUGCAUCCCUCACGAUAGUGUAUACAUCACGUGCUGGAAAGUCUGAAAGUGGCUUUUUUCGUUGUGAUACUUGACUCCAAAUAUUCCAAAAUGACUCCAAAAUUUGUGAAGCAGAAGUCACAGUGACUCCACUCAUCAAUAAAAUUUGCAAACCCUGUAAGUUGAUAGUUCAACCGUCCUAAAGUUUUGUCAUUCCCACCCUUUCCUCCCUUUGGAGGUUUUGUUGUUGUUCUCAAUAAACAUGGGUUCACCGCUUUCUUUUGCCUUCGGUUUAAGUCUUGCGGCAACUUCCCCAAGCUUUGAUUUUAACGCAAAUGUUUGUAUGUGAUUGUAUUCGAGCAUGUGCCGACAGAGUCAGCUCAUAGUGCUGAUAAGAUAAAGCUCCUAGAAAAGAAUAUUCCCUACACCAUGACCAUUAAGUUGCAUGAUGCUGGCCAGAGGAUUCAGCUUGAAGUGCUGUGGAGUGUUAGGCCAUAUUAAGUUUGUUUCUCUUGGACCUACCCGAACUUGUCCAAUCCAGGGCAUAUGUAAUAAUGCUGGGAGAUAAGUAAGGCUUUAUGGUCAUGCUACGGAAGUCGUCUGCCAUGCUGAUUGCGGAGUGGUGUAGCCCGCUUUAUGCCAUAUGUUUUGUUGUCAUGUUUUUAUUAAACUUUAAUUUAAAGCCUAGCUAAAGGAACUGCAACAUUAAAUUUUAUUUGUUUGCUUUGUAAUUUUUUACGUGUAGGAACACCCCUGGGUGACAGCAGCAUAUUUUGGUCGAGGUACAGCUUAUGUUCAGAAAGGCUUACAGGUAUUUCAAAGGCUUUACUCUGUUCAUGGUGUGAAUACAAUUUUCUUUUUCUUUGUAUUAAAAAAAAAGCAUUUUAUAUGAGUGUCAAUGUAUUUAGCAUGAAAGUGCUAAUUGGGGACACUGUAUUUUACGUCUCUUAAUGGAGACGGGACCGCCAUUUUACGUGGUCAUCCGAGCCACGUGAAGGUCCAGCCGCCUGCAGGGCAAAGGAAGUACCUUCAUUUCUCAGUUAUUUUAAGACCCUGAGUAUUGGUCGGGCCCCGGGAAUCGAACCCACGACCUCCCGCUCUGCAGUCAAAGGCUCUACCGACUGAGCUAAUCCUGCCGCGGUUCAUCAUUUUCAGAACAAGGAGAAUGCUGAUGCAGCAAUAGAAGAUUUUUCAUCAAUUAUCAGAUUGAGUCCUGAUAAUCCUGAUGGAUGGAUAAAACGUGCUGAGGUAAUGUAUAAUCAAUAUUAGAUCAUCUGGCCUUCAUCAUGUUAAAGUGUCGAUUAAGGCAGUAGAAGAAAAGUAAGUUAAAAGAAUGACACACUCGAUACAUGUAGGUGGGAAAAAGCAUCAGUCCUUAACUUACUGAUCAUCGAUAAGGCCUUUAAAUAACCUCUGGCAAUAACUGUCACCCGGUAAGACAACUACCGAUUCUUUUGCAAUUUGUUCAUUUUAAUGUGUUGAUAGGUGUUAUCACCCCUGGGAAAUAUCAAAGAGGCAUUAGCAGACAUCAGAAUUGCUCUUGAUCUGAAACCCAGUGCUCAUUUGUAUGUCAUGAGUGGAACGCUUCACUUUAUGCAAGAGGUAUGAACAGACAAAUGAAACUAUAACUUAUUUACAUAAUAAAGGAUUUAAUAAUGCGGUAAUUAAUCACUGAGAAUAAUUACCUGCUUGAUUGUUGGCACAUGGCCUUCGAGCGAGUAGGUCGCGCUAUUUUUGAGCUCUAGUUCGGUGUAAAUCUCUGUUAAAUUUCUAUUACUAAAACCUAAAGCAAAGUGUAAGAAGACGAUAGGUAAACUUAGUCCCAAUUUUUUGCACUAAAUUACAAAAAGACAAAGAUUAUUACCCUGAUGCAACCAUGAUAACACGAGAAAUAAAAUCGUGAAAUCCUAAACCUUAGCUUCUUUCCCAGGUUGCAUUAAACAGAUUUGUCUUUCUUACUUUUGAAUUUAUUAUACUUAUUUCGUCUUUUCUUUUUCUUUGCUUUUUACUUAUUUAAUUAUCUGUGCUAUCUGAUUUGUAAUAGAGUCAAUUUGGCAUGCCUCUACUAGCUUUUUUUUUUUUUUUUUUUUUAACUGCAUUUUUUUUUUUUUUUUUUUUUUUUUAUUAGUUCUUUUUUUUUUUUUUUUUUUUGUUUUUUGUUUGUUUUUUUUUUGCUUUCCUCUUCUUUUUUUUUUUUUUUUUUUUUUGCUAACUGCAUACCCAAAAAUUGUACUUUCAAUAUUAUGAUAAUAAAUAUCUUGUCUUGAUGUUUUUCCUUGAUUUAUUGACUGGCUGACCUACUCAAUGAGUGGGUGAGCGAGUAAGGGAGUGAGUAGGGGAAUGACUUUUAACAAUGUGAGAUUAACCAUGUCUAAAGGAAUUCCAAAAUCCUUAUAACUAAAACUAUAACUUGCAUUUCUGCACAUAAUCUUCUGUUCUAGUGAAUUUAACUGUUGAUGACCUAAAAAGAAACCUUAACUUUUUAUUGGCUUCUUAAGGAUUAUGAGGCUGCCACUGAGAGUUUCGUUAAGUGCCUGGAGACUGAUAAGAAUGAACCAACAGCAAUGUUAUAUUAUGGACUGUCUCUGUACCACAGGGGAAAAGUGAAGGUAAUCAGUUAUACAAUACAUGCAGCAGCUAGUUGUAAAAAAUUCUUUUCAGGAGUGUAGCUCAGUUUAUCAACAACAACAGCAACAACAAUCUUUAUUUUUCCUUUAUUCUAGUUAUUUAAAAAGUGCCCACGGCCUGCAGAUUAAGUUAGGGUUAGGGUUGAUACUGGCUGUUUUUGUUUGAUGCAAAAUAACCGUGGCCACAAACUCUCAAGGGUCGGUUAUUUAAACAAAUUCUAACUUAAACUGCAGUUUAAGAAAUCUUUGGACCUCCAGAUCUCUUCCUUAGUGGGUCAAUUUAAGAAGAUAAAUGCUUUUCCUGUCUACUCUACAUGCUUUAAUGAAACUGUUAACAACAAAUGGUGUUUAGAUAAAAGUGUUGUGCAAACUGAAAAUGAUUUAGAAUGCUGUUCUGUUAAACAAUGGCUAAACUCCAGUUAAAUAACUGGCCCUAAAAUGUCUCUUCCACAUGUAGUAUAGUUAUUGUUACUUACCUGCUUUUUUUUUUUUUUUUCACUGCUUGGGUUGAUUUGUCAGGAGUCCGUUGAGAUUUUUAAAAAAGUUCUUGAGACAAACGUUAACAAGGCAGAGUGCCAUCGCAGCUUGGGCCACGCCUACAGGUGGGUGAUGUAAUAAUGUAAGGGUGAAUUAUUGGAAGUUAUAAACAACUUUUAAGCUCGGAUGGUUCAACUCUGGAGUCUGUUGCUGUAAUAUUAUUAUUGUUUCUCCAUGUACCUACUGGGGGACAACAAGGAAGAGGGUCAGGUUUUGAUCUUUGGAGAAAACAUUACCAACCAACAGUAUGUGGGUAUGUCCUUGCAAGACAUAUUAUGCUUUGGUACUGUCUAUGCGAAUAGAAGGGUAGAUAAGACUUACCGGUAAGCAUUUUUUGUACACUGCUGUGUAAGUGUGUAAAAAUUGAGGUGUUUGUGGUGUAUGUAAAGCUAUGAUAUUUAUGCUGCAAGUGAAUUAAUUUUUUGUCUCAUUAAUUGUUCAGGGAGUUGGGAAGUCCAGACCUUGCCCAUACACAUUUCACAGAAGCCAUCUCUCUAGAGCCAACAGCCUCCCAGGUUUGUAAAAACAUUUUUUACAAAUUUGCUGCUUGAGGUAAAAUGCCUUAAUAAUAAUUAAAACAGCUCUAUAGUGACUGUAAGUAAUGUAGAUGGGGAAGGGUGGUGGCUAAGUUGUUAUAACUGUAGUAAGUUGUUUUGAAAAGUUGUUUAACAGUACUACUUGUUAUCUUCUUUGAUAGAAUUAUCAGUCCAGAGGGAUAAUUAAUUAUAUGAAUGGGAAACCUCAAGAAGCUAUCAAAGAUUUUGAGGUACUACAAUAUAACGGUGAAAAUUCAUAAGUAGCGUGGUUCAAGUAAAAUCACGCAAUAGCAAUGAUGGAAAACAUUUUUUUCUGCAGCCAAACCUAUAUGAAUACAAGUUUCAAUUCCCUGUUUCUGGACAAGGUUUAUUUUUUGUUUGUUUUCUUUUCAACAGGAAUGUCUUAAAUACAAUCCAAGUAGCAUUUCCUGUACUUAUUGGAAAGGAGUUAGUCAUGCUUCAAAAGGAAACUUUUAUGAGGCUGUGAAAUCAAGCACAAAGGUUUGACUGUCAAUCAACUCACUAUUUUAAUACCGCAGGCCUCAUGGUAGUCAUCAAUUAAUCACUGAUUUCUUGGACUUAAAAGUGUGGCAUUUUAUACAUCAUUGUUAUUUUCAACUUGACAGUUUUAAGCUUGUCCCUCUUUUCACUCUUGAGCAAAAACCUAAAGUUUAUUCAUUUUUUGUGACAAGUGUAUAAACUUAGCUUUUUCUUUGACAUGGAAUAUUUACCGGAUUACAUGUAAAUGAUCUCUAUUCUCUCUGGAACUUCUUCCAAAGCAUGCGAAUACAAAGUAAAGGUUAAAGAUGAACUGGUAAUGUAAUAUCAACAAAAUGGGUGGGAAUCAGCAUUGUACCUUGAAUUCACAGGUCUUGCUGACAGAUACAUCUCCUGUGCAAGAUGUGGAUGUUAUCAAAAGCCAUUACCUCAAAGGUGACAAUGUUUUCUCUAAAUUUUUAAUUUAAUUUGCUGUAAUAAUUGAAUAGAAGGUCUUUGAGGACAACUUAAUGAGUCAAACUUUCGCUGAUAACCAGAAGCUAGCAAAAAAUACCCUCCACAGGAGCCAGCCCUGGUGGAUAGGAUACUAGCUUGCUAACACCCCUGGAACAAGUUAGACUAGCCCAUCUUAUGAUUACCUGGUUUAUGUACUACAAAGUGACUAGGGACAUCAGUACUUUUUCCUGGAUAGCAUACUUCUGAUCAAAAGAUGAUCCUCCAUGUCAUAGGUUCACCAUUGUGUAUUCAUUUUCUAUAAAAAACACUUGAUUAUAAUUUGUAUGACUGAUUUAUAUGAUUUACGUAAGAGCUGGACUGUUAAUUAUUUCUCAGAGUAUUCACGGUAUCUUCACUCCCACUUGGACACUCCUCUCUCUGAGUAUUCCCCGGAUGUUGAUCUUGAUGGUCGACUGAGAGAUCUCUGGGUGAAGGGCCUUCCUUUCAAUGCAAGGGUACGUGACUAGCAGACUUUCUUUAAACUUUGAAAUUAACUGCUUUUAAGGGCUAGGACUUUGUAAAUUUCAACUCAUUAUUCAUUUUAACGGUUUAAACAUCUUUUUUUUUAGAAUUACAAUGAGCAGCCUGGUAUCCAGCCUCAUAUACGGUUAGUAAAGAUAGUAGGCAGUCAAUUUUAAUUUGCUUUAAGCAAAGUGGUGCGUCCCAAAGUAGUGUUACCCUAAAACAAUCUGUCUGUGCUGUCAAGGACUUGAUCCGUUGCAAACGGAAGAUUUAGAAAAGACAACGCAUCUUCCAGUGUGUAACUUGCCACUCUGCCAUCGUUGUCUUUGCUAAAUGACCCUAAAUCUGUUGCCUUAUGGAACCAAACUGAAGGGCUGUGACAUAAAAAACGAAAAGAAAUGUACAGGAAAACAAGGUUAAGUCUUUGCUGACAGUAUUCCAGCCCUUGGUGAUUAUCAACAUUUUUUUUGUAACAGAGAAGUUGAAGAUGUUAUUUUCGCCGAUUUUAGUCCAGAGGCUCAGGUAUGCCGAGUAGUGCAUUUGAAAUCGUCUUUUUUUGCGUCGUGUUUGUAGUAAUUUAUGUCAUUAACCCUGUCUUUUCUGAUACCAAACACCUCCUAAUAACUCCUAUUGUCUUCCAUCUCUAGUUGUUAUUAUGCAAAUCCUCCAUUUUGGGUCCUUUGAUUCAGUAUCAUUCGGCUGGUUUCCUGCCCAACAUGAGGCAUCAUCGCGCCAUGGGCCUUGCCAUUCUUGACGUUGCACAAGUUGCUAGUAAGAACUGGAAAGCUGGCAGGUCUUCUAAGAAUAACCAAAAGAAAGCUAGCUGGAGAAGCAUGUUUGAUGUGGCUGUCAAGUGGAGAAGGUAAGAAUAGAUCGACUGUACAUACCUAAAAACUUUUCCAGACAAUUCCUUUCUUACGGGAUUCUUACGGUGAUUCUUUCUUUCAAUUAUUACCCUUAUCUUACAAGACCCUUUUUCUGAUAUUGCCGUCUUAUUUAUGUGUAGAUUGUCUGAUCCAGAGCAGCCAGUAUUUUGGUUGGAUAUGAUGCCAGAUAAAAGCGUCAAAAGCGGCUUUAAUUUCCGGAUGAAUCUUUUAAGGUUUGUUAAGAGACAAUGUACAUCUUACCCCACCCAGUUACGUACCCUCCCCUCCCUGCCAACAAGGCUUGCUCAUAGGUUCUAGAGUGUAUAACAACAUUACCACAGGAAUUUUGACGACACCCCUUUUUACGAACUUGGAGACCUGGUUGACUUUACCAUCUAAUCGAUGUAAUAGAACAGCAAUUAUCUUUUGUAUCUGCUUUGUGUUUGUGCGAGUGACAAAAUGCGAAAACUACUAACAUUACUCCAGAGUUCUUUACACUGACUUUCUGUGACGCAGCGAGACUGCGGGUAGCGUGUCACAAUCACGGACCUUAAAUUCAUAUGAUUGCAGGGGCCAGUUAAAAAGCGUUCGGUACUCGGACUACUUUGACAAGAUUUUUCAGUUUACGAAAACAAUGUUACAGCAUUUAUACAGGUGAGCUAACUAUGAUUCUAACCUUGACUUUUUCUAAGGGUAUAAAUCUAUCGCUCCGCGCUAAGCUUGCAGUAUUUUUCUGUCAUGGUAUGCCUGUGGUUCUAAGCCACGUGACCUAAAAAACAUGUGCUUUUAAGUAGCUUUGAGGCGGCCCUUAAAGAUUGAGUUUGUCUUUCUUAAGUCUUUGAGACUGCUAUCGUUACAAUUUCAAUAACAAAAAUAAAGAGUUCAUUAAAGCAGGAAAUUUGAUUGAAGUUAACCCACUAAGCUGUGGGAGCAUGCGCAUAACGGUACUGACUUCAGGUUGAUUGCUUUCAGAGUGGAUGAACUCAAUUCCAAGGAAUUUAAAAAUAAUAUAGAGAAAGCAAAAACAUGUCGGCAGCUUAUGGAAGUCUUGAAGGUAGGCCUGAAUUGGGACAAGUAUAAUCAAUCACCUUCUCAAAAUAGAUUAUAGGGGUUAGUUUCUAUAGAAACUGUGGUGUUAUGUCGGUUGGCGGGAGUGAACUUAAAAAUUUUGUUUGAUUAAAUCAGUUGAUAAACCACUGACUGUAGAAAGAUUGAGAAGCUGACCUUUGGAGGGCUAACCUGCUUUUAUGUCUCAGUCACUUAUCAGUCUCCUGUUGCUGCUGUACUAAAACCCCGCAUCACCCAGUUCAUUCUAGGAUGCUGUACAACUCAAAAAACAUAGAUAGGUCAAUUGAGCUCUUUCUUCCCCUUUGUUGCCCCGAACGAUUAAAAAAGGCACCAGGAAUGAUUGCACGGUUCAUCCUGAGGUUGUGUUAACCUCAUUUAUGAUCGCACUGUAUCAUUCCUUAACAUUUGAUAGUGCAGAGAGUGGGUCUAGGGGCCUUCUUACAUCCUGCUAAGAAGAUAUUUUCUCAAUUUCUGUUUCUCGUGUACAUUAGCAACACGAUUCACGUAACCCGCAGCCUGGUAUGGUUUUAUCCACUCAUGUAUCAAGUACAAAGGGCACUGGAACGAAAAGUUUAGAAGGAUUAAAUUUAAGUCUCUCUGAAAGGUCAGUUUAUUGCUUAUGUCUUUACAUGCCUUCAUACUAAAGGCAGUCGUACCCUUCAAUCAUUAACACGAAGUGCGAAGGUGAGACCAUAGUAGUGAUGUAAGCUUUUAUUACUUUUCAAUUUUAUCUAGAUUUUAAUAAGUUUAAGAUUUUGGUCAUUCUUUGGUAAUAAUGUCGACCAAAUCCCAACAGUCAUCUCUUGUUCUUCUCCCUCACGCCCAUUGCAUUGCUUAUCUUGCCCCCUCCCCCCUUCCCCUUCCCCCUCCAACACGCGCUUGCCAGGGUGUGCAGGCAUUACUGCGUCCAUGAUACGUUUUAACAACAAGAUUGAAACUAGAGCACGUGACUUCUGUUAUCUUAGCGGUUCCAAUCUUUUGUUCACAAUGGACACCCCAACAACACCAUCAAGGACAGCUGAUUAUCAUUCAGAGCUGGAUUUUAUUUGGGGACAGCUUUAUGAUGAGAUGAGAAAACCAGGCAACAAGGUAAAAGACUCAAGUUUGCGCCUCUUUUGUUCUCGAGACGUGUUUGAAUUGUAAGUGAAAUUGUUGUGAACUGGUCCAUGAGAAAAGUGAAGAACUCUCGGCUCCGAAUUUACAGUCCCACGCGGACGGCAGUUAGAACAACAUCGGUGGUCCCCACUUUGGGAACUAUACAGCCCCCGAAAUGAUCCCCAACCCUGAAAUGAUCCCCAAGUCGACCCCGAAAUGAUCCCCAUUUCUCUUCACGUCGACCCCGAAAUGAUCCCCAAUUAAUUCUUGGAAUGGAAUCAUUUCGGGGUCGGGAUCAUUUCGGGGGCUGUACAGAACAAACAAACUACACGACAGUGACAUCUGUGUUCACCUGUUUUUACAACCAGUUCCUUCACUCUUGUUCGGCAAAAUAUCAUAAUUUACGACUCUAAAUAAUGACUAAACAAUUUUUCGAUUGUUUGCCAUGCCCUCUGUGAUUAUAGUUCAUCAUUUAUGCUUCUCCCACAGGAUGUUGAUAUGGUUGGCAACUACAUUCUCUAUAUGGUUUACUACUUUUUUAAUCUAAUGCCUCUGUCACGAGGAUCAAGGUAAUUUACCCUUUCUUACCAGAUCACGACAUUGCGUAGGUUAAAUAGCCAGCUUUUGUUUGAACACCGCGCUAUAUGGUUCUUUCGAACAACCCGAUAUUACGGCCCCUUUUUAACGCAGACCUCGGUGUAACAAGCGAUUUUCUUUAAUCUAGUUGUAUUUAAUUGAUGAAACAGGGACCCGAUAUAACACACUCGGCGUUACCAGUCGCUUUGCACUUCCUUAUAUCGUCGGGGGCUCCGAGUCAGUAACAUGUGCAGCUUACGAAAUCUUUAUUUUCCUUUUUGUACAAGUGCUGUGGCCUACACAGUAGCUUUAGGUCUUUUCCUUGCCGUUGGUAGAGAAACAACUGGAAAAAUUCCACAAGGAAAGGUACGUGCUCCUGAAAAUUUUUGUUUUCCGUCAAACGUCUCGAUUUGAGGGCCGCAUUGGGACUACACGAGAGCGAAAGUUGCCAGAUUUCCGAGGGAUCAGACGAAAAAAGUCUUAAACCUAAAAGCAAUAAUAGUAUUAAGUAACAUGGAAAGUUAAGGUCACAUUAUCACCAAUCAGCCAGCUGUAUCAAAAUUUACAAUAGUGCUUCUCUGUUCGUGCAGCGCUAUAAGGUACAUGGACGAGUGAGAGUUGGGUCAACUAUCAUGGGGACCCAGGCCGCGGGCGUUCAGUGUAAAGUAGAUUCUAGCUUACGAUCGGUUGAUAUAUUUAUUUCACCUUCUUGUUUUUCUUACUGUUUUAGGAGGUGGACUUAGAAGCCAUGAUCGGGGGAUCCGUAGAAAAUUUCGCCAAGCACGUCAAAGAAUGGCUGGCGCUUAAAAAGUAAGGCCCUAGGUACUGGAAAAUUAUAAGCCUCAGGUCGAGGUCGAGGCAUUAUUUCCAGUGAAGUUGAUUUAACAAAUUUACUCCGUAAUGAUAUGAUGUUCUUCUUCAUGGGAGUAUGUAGUGAUGUAAAGUCAACUCUCUCUUAACGGACACCUCUUUAAGACGUACAUUUCGCUAGAACGGUCACCUAGAGUUAGUCCCCGCCUUUCUUUACUCCUUCUAGUUGACUGUCCAUAAGAUGGACAUCUCUCUAAGAUGGUCACAUAGGGCUGGUCCCAAUUUGUCAUUAUUAGAGAGAGUUAGUUGUAUGAAUGUAGUAUUAAAGUUCAAUCUUGUCAAACUCCGAAACUUCCACAACCUGAGCAUAGGCUUCUUAUAAGUUCGAAUGAUCGUUGUGUUAAUUCUUUUCUCUUUCUGCAGGUUGUCCAAACCGGUAACGUCUUUUCCCUUUGUCAGUGAAGUCUUCCCCACUCUCCGCGCUGCUCUGGAAGCUCUAAAUGUUCGCUUCACUGAAGAUGAUUGUAAAAAUCUCCCAUCAUUUUAA